AUGAAAACUAUCACAGAAUAUGGUUCUGCUGAGUAUAAACCCCUCAAUAAUGAUUUAGAUAGGCUAGCGCCCGAAAUUAAAGUAGAAAUUAUACUCCACUUGAGUAAUCCUAUAUCGCUUGCCCAAUGCUCGCGUGCCUGGCACACCAUGAUAAACUUACCCGUUACAAAGUCCAAAUGGCUGAUAAGCAGAUAUGGUAAAACCCAUGCAUUGUUUCAUGCAGUAAGAAUGGGCAGGCCAUUCAUUAAUGUUGAUGUAGUCGAGUGUUUAUUUGCCCAAAAUGCCCAUAUAAGCCGGUACUUUGUUCAAAGAUUAAUGCUUGGAUUUGGCAAGUAUGACAACAGGCUUAUUGAUCUCAAAUUGGCACAUAACAUGACGAUAAAACCGCUCGAUCCAAAUCGGAAAAGGUCUAUUCAAAGAAAAAUCCAGAACCCGUGGGCAAGCAAUCUUCCCUUUGAUGUUUUCUCCAGAAUUCUCAAAGAGGGUCAUGACCAAUUUGACGGAGACGACACUCCAGUGCGCGGAAAUGACAUGGAGUCAUUUUAUUAUCUAUCAGCUGGUCCGUUGGUUAUUAGUCAAGCGAGAACCAGAUUGAGGAAAAACAAAAAAGAAAUAAAAACUUUGAUUCAGAGGUACAAAUUUGCGCCGUUUCCUCCUAGGCCAAAAAUCCGAAAGCGUACUAUAGUAUCACAUCCUGCCAACUACGAUGAUUACCCGCCUACUGAUGGCUACGAGAAUGUUCGCCAACAGAAUGUUAUUGCACGAGCUAUUCUUUUGUAUCCCAAAUUGGUUAAUGUCUGGAAAAAGAACGAAUAUUAUGAAAUAGUCGACGAUAUAAACGAUUUGGUAAUGGGAAGCAUCCUAUUACUAUCAAAUUUUAAUCCAACUUUAGGCUAUUUCAUUAAGAAACUAGAAACUCUGCAGUCGGUUGGAUUUAGACCGACAGAUGAGAUGAUGGGAGAUGCUUUGAUAUUUUUUGAACAUCGUUUAAAGGAUAUAGAAGUACUGAUAGAUACGUUUGUCAUUGGUCGCGGUCUGAAUAGGAACACUAUACUUUCCAUAUGCUUAAGAGAAUUGUUGAAUCCAGGCAGAAAUCUCAAGCGGCAUGAUUUACUUGAUUAUAUACUCGAUCAAAUUGAUGACCCCGAAGAGACCACGUACAAGGCCCUGCGUAGCUACAAUAUCGCAAAUCCCGUGAAAAUUUAUCUAAGUAGGAAAGGUUCUAUUCCUCUAGCACUUACGUUACUCAAAUAUGCCCCUAUCGUCUAUCAAUUUAUGCUAGUGAAAUUUGGUGUCGACUCACCUGUUAGCAUAUAUUUGGUGGGCGAAAUUACAACUGCGCGUAUAGGGAAAGCCAAACUACAUAAAUAUAACAAGACUCUUGCCUCGUCCACCGCUUCAAUCGAACACGGAUGGCAAGAAUUAAAUAACAUCUUCAACGUGUAUUAUAUGGAAGGUGUUCCUAUAGAACCGCGAUUUUUACCCUUGUUCGAAACGUGUCCGGAGAAGAUUGUCAUCAAAUGUCUGUUUAAGACAUACUUGCCGAAGCUGUUUGAACUCGGAGUUAAAUUUCAACCAUCACGAGUAGACAAAAUGCCAGUGCUGGAAGUCACUCCAUUCACACGUAGAAGACGCAGGACAAGCCAUGAAACAAAGACAGAAUGGUUGGAUGAGAUUCGUUCUUGUAAUCGGAAUGACAAAAUGACGGCAACAUUCAGACAUCAACUUGAAAAAUUCCGUCAGCGCAUACAUAGUAAUAGAGCUUUUGGCACAUUGUCAACCUCGUCAAAACGACAUCGACACGGAUAA